AUGUCGUUCAUCAAGGAUCUCAUUGAAGGUUUCACUGGCAAGGACAAACGUCCAGAUGAUGGUUCCCAAGGAUAUUACUCUCAGCAGCAGCAGUAUGGUCCAUCUCAAUCCUCUGAUAGGCCACCAGAAGUACCAGUUCCGUGGGUUGCUGAAUGGGAUUCGAGAGAUAACCGCUGGCUCUAUGUCAACCGUGAAACUGGAGAACGUACCUUUGAACACCCUCAAGCUCAAGGAUAUGGCCAAGGAGAUUACUACCCAGAAGGACCCCCAAAGCAGUCUCACACUGGCCGUAAUGUAGCCCUCGGUGUUGUUGCAGGCUUAGCAGGUGGUGCUUUGCUCAUGCAUGAAGGAGAGAAAGUUGAAGAGAAAUGGGACGAAGAUAAAUAUCGCUUCGACAACGACGUCUCGAAUGGCACUGAAGAUGUGGAGGAUUUUCCUGAAGACGCGGUCCGCUGGACUGGACGAAAAGUUGGGGAGGUGGAAAACGUCCCACAAGACAUCGAGAAAAAGUGGGAUGAUGGUGUUCAAGAUGUUGAGGCCGUUCCCGAUGAUGUUGCAGGUUUGGCUGGCCGACGUGUCGGUGAUGUUGAGAGAUUCGGAGACGAUGUCGACCGCUACGGUGACAACAUCGCGGACUCCUAUGACCAAGGCCGUAAUGAUGCCAGGUACAGGGACGACUACUAG